AUGGGUGGCAACGGCAAGGUAUACAGUUUGGCCCAUGUCUCCGAACACAGCAGCCGCAAGGAUUGCUGGCUCGUCAUUGAGGGCAAGGUAUACGACGUGACAAAAUUUUUGGAUGACCAUCCUGGUGGUGAUGAGGUUUUGCUGUCAGCCACAGGGAAGGAUGCAACUGAUGACUUUGAGGAUGUUGGUCACAGUAGCAGUGCAAGAGCAAUGAUGGAUGAGUUCUACGUAGGUGAUAUUGAUACAGCAACCAUCCCUACCAAGACCAAGUACACUCCUCCUAAACAACCUCACUACAACCAAGACAAGACACCACAGUUCAUCAUCAAGGUCCUGCAGUUCCUUGUUCCCCUGAUAAUCUUAGGCAUGGCUGUUGGAGUCCGCUUCUAUACCAAAUCAACUCCAGCAUAG